AUGCUCAUCCAAACCUCGGACGCCGACCCGGUCCCAGCCCCCGCCAGCCUCGGACCCCACGAACCCCACCCGGCUGCGCGCCACAGCCGCUCCGCCGCGGCCGCGGCCGCGACUGCCGCCGCGCUGUGGCCCUCCCUCCGCUUCCGGCCGCCGCCGCUGCCUGGCGGGCCAGCUGCAGCCGGCGGCGGCGCAGCGACAACCUCGGACGGCGGCAAGGUUGGUGCUGUCGCGGAGUCCGAGGCUUGGUCUCAGCUGUCGGAGCUGUACGUGUCCCUGGGGGAGCAGGACAUCGCAGAGGGCCUCAUGGCGCGCCAUCUGCUGCGCUGCCCGGGCUCCCUGGCGGCCCUGGCGUGCGCGCGGUCUGGGCGCCACCAGGACGCCCUCACGCUGCUGGAGGGACUGCUGGACGCGGCGGACGGCCUCGGGGAGGAGGGCGACGGCGGCGGCGGCGGUGCCGCAGCCGCAGCCGCUGCCGCCUCCGACUCUGGCUCGGUCGACUGGCCCCCUACACCCCAGCAGCUGCUCGGCAGUGUCGCCACAACUGCCGCCAGCUCCAGCGGCGCCGGCGGUGGUGGCGCUGGAGGCGUGUCGGCGCGUGUACUGCCCUGUGAGGAGGGCGUGUGGCUGGUCUGCCGCCAGGAGUGCCUGGAGGUGCUCGCGCACUGGGACAUAGUGGCUCAGGAGGUCGAGGUGGAGCUGCAGCCCGACGGGCAGGAGGGGCCGGCAGCCGCCGCGCAGCUGGACUUUGGGCCCCUGCUGGAGGAGGCUGCUGGUGCUGACAUCAGAAUGACAUCAUCCCUCUCCUCUGACCAGGAUCCGGACGUAAUCGGCAUCGGCGGCGGCGGGCGCGAAGCGGACGGUGGCGCCGCGCGCCUGCGGCGCUAUACGCGUGCGCUGCUUUUCAGCCCGAUGGCGCGGCCGCGGCUGGGGCAGCUGCUGGCCGCGGCGGAGGGCGGCGGCAGGCGCUGGGCCGCUGCGCUGCGCGACGCGGCUGGUCUGGAGCUGGCGGCCUAUGACCUUUUUCAAGGCAACACGGAGCAGGCGGCGCGCGGGGUGGAUGAGGCACUCAGCCGUGCAAACCGCGGUUUAGCGAUUGCUGGGGUUGUGCUGGUGUAG